AUGGAAUCUACGAUCAAGUUCAAAAAGAGAAGUGGCAAGGCCAGCUUGAGGAAAAGAGCGCUCACGUCAUCACCCACAUCGUCCGACGAUUCCGACGAUGGCGCCUCAUCCCAAGACGACACCAAGCCGCGAAGAACGCGUGUCAAGCGAUCGAAAACGAAGCCUAGCGCGCCAGAGACAUCCUCACAGGAUCUUUUCCCGGCUCCUUUUGCAGCAGAUCGCGCUGUUCCCUUAGCAAGCAAAAACGACGCGGCCCGCUCAGCAAGAGCCGUGGGGCCGGAAAAGAGGCCGGCCAACGUCCGCACCACGGUGAUAACGGAUUUCUCCCCAGACGUUUGCAAAGACUACAAACAAACCGGUUUCUGCGGCUUUGGAGACAACUGCAAAUUCCUCCACAGCAGGGAAGACUACAAGCAGGGCUGGCAGCUUGAUCGUGAAUGGGAGGACGUCACCCGGGGAAGAAAGAAGGCAUCCGGCACAGUCGUCGCAAGCAUCGACGGCAAAAAGGCCGAAGAGGAGCAAGAAAGCGACGAGGAAGCCUUCUUGGAGAGUAUACCCUUUGUUUGCAUCAUCUGCAAGGAGUCUUACAAAGAGCCUAUCGUCACCAGAUGCGGGCAUUACUUCUGCGAGCCGUGUGCGCUAAAGCGAUAUCGAAAAGACCCGGCCUGCGCGGCCUGUGGCGCGGGCACGAACGGGGUCUUCAACUCGGCCAAGAGGCUCGAGAAGCUGCUAGAGAGGAAGCGGGAGCGUGCUGCGGUGUGGCGGCUAGCUGACACAGAAGCUGGCGGCGAGGUCAGCAACGAGAAUGAAGGCCAGAGGAAGGCAGGGUUCAGUGGCACGAAACGAUCAUAG